UGGGAGGGGGCAGCGUGCAGGUGAGCGUGCAAGGGAUCGUAUGUGCACGUAGGAGCGUGCAAGGGGUGGUGUGUGCGCAUAGGAGUGUGCAAGGGAUGGUAUGGGUGCAUAGGAGAGUGCAAGGGGACGGUAUGUGUGCGUAGGAGCGUGCAAGGGGUGGUAUGCGUGCAUAGGAGAGUGCAAGGUAUGGUAUGUGUGCAUACAAGCGUGCAAGGGGUGGUAUGCACGCAUAGGAGCGUGCAGGGGGUGGUGUGUGCGCAUACAAGUGCAAGGGGGGUGGUGUGUGCUCAUAGGAGCAUGCAAGGGGUGCUAUGUGUGCACAGGAGCGUGCAAGGGGAGGAGGGUGGGUUUCCCCAGCGGUGGGCGCCCAGCCAGGGCGCAGCAUGGCGUCUCCCUCUUCCCCACGGCAGCCGCGGUGAUGGAGGUCAGCCACUCCGUCAAGGAGCGCACCAUCGCCGAGAACAGCCUGGUCAUCCUGCUGCAGGGCUUGCACGGCCACGUCACCACCGUGGACCUGCGUGAUGAGAGCACGGCCAUGGGGCGCGUCACCAAUGUGGACGCUUUCAUGAAUGUGCGGCUGGCUGAGGUGACCUUCACGGACAGGCAGGGCACGGUGUCCCACCUGGAUGAGCUCUUUGUGACUGGCAGGAACGUCCGCUACGUCCACAUCCCAGACGAGGUGGACAUCAGGGCCACCAUCGAGCGGCAGCUGCAGGCCAUCCACAGGGUCCGCUACUUCGGGGGCCGUGACAAGGGCAGGAAGGAGUUCCCUCGCGCCAAGCACAAGUGAGCCCCAGUGCUGCCUGCAGCCUGCCUGCAGCCCUGCCUGCCGCAAGGCCAGGAUGGACCUGCCCCUUUGACUGGACUGCCAGCCGCCUCCGCACCUCGCCCCAGACAUCCCCCCCAGGGACUCGGGGCUCCGCUGCUCCCCUGGCCAGUGCCUGCAGGGGAGCAGGGUUAUUUUUUCUAAUGAAUAACCCUGCCUGAAAGGGUCUGUGAUCUCUCA